GUCCUCUUUCAGUGGUGCUGUCUAAGGAAAAGAACUGUCGCAGUUGAAGCACCAAGCAAAACCUCAUCACCAGAACACCAAAACGCACAGCACACUAAUCAGACUGAACAAGACAAGAAGACGAGCCACCAGGAAAAGGAGAACAGCAAUUUAAAAGGAAAAAAAACUAAAAUAGAGAAAAAAAAGCGAUGGCGGAGAAAGUCGACGUGAACGCAAAAUGGGACGCGUGUCUCGAUCUGACGGUCCGUCGUUUUGUUUACUCGUCCCUGGCUGGUGCUUUUAGCGGUUUCCUUUUCUUCAGGACUCCGGUGACUCGUUGGGCAACUGUGGCUUUUGGGGCUGGAGUGGGCAUUGGAUCUGCUUACACAGAGUGCAAUCGUAUUUUUGAUGCAAAGUUGACUACUCCUAAGACAUCAGAUGCUCCUGCCCAUGAGGAGUAAGCUGAAACUUGAAGGGAACAUGAGGAAUCGAUUACAAAUCAAGACUUUGUUGAAAUAGAGAUUGUGGUUGGUUCUUGACAAUGUAGUUAAAACAUUGUUCUUGAUGGAUAAAUAGUGAACUUGAUGUACGGAAAGUUUCGAAUGCUUUCUGCUAGCUUUUGUCUGUAAUUCUAUUGAGGUAAAUUUUCCGUUGGAGGAGGAAAAGAAAAUAACCAAUUCAGUUGAUGGCCUUUCAGAAUCUA